AUGCCUCGACUUAACGUCUCUAAAAUCCACCUCGCAACCAUUAACCAGAAAAAAUCACUCAUCAAGCUCUCUCACACCGAUAACCAGGCCGGCUGUCUGAUCGUAGAAGCCGCGCCCAAGUCUUUCCAAACCGUCGAUCAGGUGUUGACAAAACUGAAGCGCGACUCCAUCGCUAAGAUGGAAAACCGCAAGUGUACUGGACUUCAUGCCGCUUCUUCCCCCGUCUGUUCGCCUGUUGUCGCGCCCGCUCCUAUCGCUGCCUCUGUGCCCACCUCUUUCUCUGUGUCUGCUCCUACCUUCGCUCCUUCUUCUCCUGUGGCUGCCUUUGCGCCCACCUCUUUCCCUGUGUCCUUGUCUUUCCCUGCCGUGUCUGCUCCCGUUCCUGCUGGUGCUUUCUUUGGCGAGCAGGCAACGUACGACGAACAGCAGCAACAACGCUUCUUUGAAGAAGAAUACAUCGACGACCCCAUGGACGUCCACCGUUAG